AUGUCUCCCAUCGCCAUCUCCGACACCGUCUCGGCCGCCGCGUCGUACGUCAAUGGCGCCUCCAACGGGUACUCGACCGGCCACUCGAACGGCCACUCGUCGCUCCCCGCCGAGUUCUCGCUCGACGUCCCCCAGCAGCCCGUCGACCCGACCGCCCAGCGCCGCCCUCUCGAGUCGAUCCAGGUCGAGAGCCCGAACCUCACUUACGCAGAGGACGCCUUGUACGCCAAGUACACGUUCCACUCGGCCUCUGUCGACAAGGUCCAGGGCCAGGACGGACACGUCCGCUACCAGGUCAAGCCCGUCGAGAAGCACCUCGAGUUCAAGACUGAGCGCAAGGUUCCCAAGACUGGCCUUAUGCUCGUCGGCCUUGGCGGCAACAAUGGCACGACGCUGACGGCGACGGUCCUCGCCAACCGCCACAACAUCUCGUGGGGCACGACGAACGGGAUCCAGACGCCCAACUACAUCGGCUCGCUCGUCCGCGCCUCGACAAUGCGCCUCGGCGUCGACUCGAACGGCGACGACGUCCACGUCCCGAUCUCGGACGUCCUCCCGAUGGUCCACCCGAACGACCUCGUCAUCGGCGGAUGGGACAUUUCGGGCGUCCCGCUCGACCAGGCCAUGCGCCGCGCCAAGGUCCUCGAGUACGACCUCCAGCGCCAGCUCGCCCCGCUCAUGGCCGAGUACAAGCCCCUCCCGUCGAUCUACUACCCGACCUUCAUCAACGCGAACCAGGAGGACCGCGCCGACAACGUGAUCCCCGGCUCGGACAAGCAGGCCCACCUCGAGCAGAUCCGCCGCGACAUCCGCGAGUUCAAGGCCAAGAACGAACUCGAGCAGGUCGUCGUCCUCUGGACCGCCAACACCGAGCGCUACUCGCUGCUCCUCGACGGCGUCAACGACACGGCCGACAACCUCCUCGCCGCGAUCAAGAACUCGCACGACGAGGUCUCCCCCUCGACCAUCUUUGCCGUCGCCUCGAUCCUCGAGGGCGUCCCCUUCAUCAACGGCGCGCCGAACAACGCCCUCGUCCCCGGCGCCAUCGCGCUCGCCGAGCGCGAGGGGUCGUUCAUCGGUGGAGACGACUUCAAGAGCGGUCAGACCAAGGUCAAGUCGGUCCUGGCCGAGUACCUCGUCAAUGCCGGUAUCAAGCCGCGCCUGAUCGCUAGCUACAACCACCUCGGCAACAACGACGGAAAGAACUUGUCGGCUCCCGCCCAGUUCCGCUCGAAGGAGAUCUCCAAGGCCUCGGUCGUUGACGACAUGGUCGCGUCGAACCACUUGCUCUACAAGAAGCUCGACAAGAAGAAGGCCGACUCGGCUGACGGCUUCGUCAAGGGCGCCUCGACCGAGACGCCUGACCACUGCAUCGUCAUCAAGUACCUCCCGGCUUGCGGCGACAGCAAGAAGGCGAUCGACGACUACACGAGCGAGAUCGGCAUGGGUGGCCAGAACACGCUCGCGAUCUACAACGUCUGCCAGGACUCGCUGCUCGCCACGCCGCUCAUCAUCGACCUCUGCCUCCUCGCCGAGCUCAUGACCCGCGUCACGUACAAGGAGGAAGGGUCCAAGGACUUUGAGCGCUUGUACUCGGUUCUUGGCUUGCUCAGCUACAUGCUCAAGGCCCCGCUCACCAAGCCCGGCCGCCCGCCCAUCAACUCGCUCAACCGCCAGCGCCAGGCCCUCGAGGCGUUCCUCCGCGCCUGCCUCGCCCUCCAGCCGUCGAGCGACCUCGUCAACUUUACCCAGCUCAACGUCCAGGCUUGA